ACAGUAAUUCAGUUCCUCGGGGAGAGUGCCCGCUCAGCUGGAUCGGUUCGCAGCUGGCGACUUCACUACCUCAAAGCGUUCCUUCCUGUAUGCCAGCUUCUAUGAGUAACUACGGGGGACAUGCCCCGUAGGAUCGAUGAUGAGUCGUCGGUGCGACAUAUACAUAUGGACGCCAGAUCAAGGAUGAAGAUCGUGGAACGCUAUACUGAACUGUUAGUCUCUCGCUCAAGGGGCUUGGCCCGUGCUUACUUACCCCCUCUACUCUGGUCAAAAAUCCAUCCGAUGCUUGCCGUUGGAAUGGCGAUAAUGUAUAUAGCGCUCAGUCAUAUGGUUUGUGGUUCAUUGAAAUGCAUCAUGACAAUAUGACAAUAAAAUUCGGACAACUACCUGUGCAGCUAGACCUCGUUGACCGAUAAGAAUAUCAAACAACAAAAGCGCUCGCGCACCAAGGACACCAAGAAAGGAAUGAAAGUUCAAACCGAGCCAUGAAAAUGAGAACCAGAUGACCUCUCAUUUCCUUUUGAAUAUUGGUUUUUUGAACGAACCGGGCCGUGCCGGGCAGCUCUCCC